AUGGACGAUCUCAAGUCCCAACGAAACCACCCUUUCGACACCACGUUUGAUCACUCCGCGGAUAGCAGGCAGCGGGAAGACUGGGAGGACUGGGAGGACGAUGGCCCCGUCACUGUCUUCUACAACGGAGAUGACUCUCUCCUCGAGUCCACUGCCGAGAACCCAUCAAAAUCCACGACAAAGUCGACGAGGAUAACGCAGCCGCGUGUCUCUACCACCCGCCCCUCCGCCCUCUCGCGCCUAAAAUCCCGCCGUCGACAGAAAGCCCAAAACGCCAAGGCAGGCAUAAAGCUGGAGACGGACAUGUCCAAAUUUCGCCCGGAUCAUAUUGCUUUCCAGAUGAAGCCCGGUUUCGAAACAGCAGAGUCUAGGAGGGGCAGGUUCGUGGAUGCCGCAGCCCUCAAAGCCCUGGAAGGCGAGCCAUCUACCUCGACCGUCGGCAGCUUCCAUUGGUUGAGGAGGAAGCCAUCGCAGGCAUCCAAAGGCAAAGCAGCCAUGCCGAAAACCGUGCGCACUCCCGUCGGACAGGAUCUGUCGCCCAACGACAGGCCUAUCGUGAUUGGCUUCGCCUUGCCAGAGGGCUCGCACGCGGACAUUAGUCCCCAAACGGCUAUCGUGCGAACCCCAGACGACUUCCCCAUCAUCCAACCUUACGAUUACCCUCAUAACCUUCCAAUAACAGCCAUCCAAUUUACACAACAGCACCAACAGCAACAGUCCGUCUGGUCGCCUGACACGGAAGACGGCUACUCCCCGUUUCAGGCCUCGGCUGCGACAUCGAGCAUUUACUCCCAACCUAACAGGGGGGGCCAGCAAGACAACGUUCCUCCUAUGCCGCCUCUUCCAUCGAAUCUGAAAGGGAGAAGUAGGGCCACUACUCUUGCCGACGAUGACGAGGACGAGGACGCAGGGACACCAGUCACGCUCUUCGAGGAAGACGGAAGCCCAGUAGCGACUCAUAAAUCACUCGGAGCAGGGGGGAAGACCCAGUCACCCGCUACUACGAUUCGACGGUCCCGAGGGUGGUGGGAUGCGGUCACGUCACCUUUUACCCCGUCGACCCCUUUUACAACGUCUCCGGAUACUAUUGGCCCUGGCCACAGCCCGGCCAGUAUAUUCUGGAAGGGUUCACCCGCGAAGGAACCACUGCCCUCUGGGAAGGUUCCCGGCCCUUUGUCGAUUGUAACCCAAGAGGUUCCCCAAAGGCGGGUUACUCCCGAGUUAGUUGUUGGAGCAUCGUCGCCGACUAUUGCCUCCUCGCGCUCAAGGCAAGGUUCCAGCCGACCAGAACCUCGGUCUGAGAAGGGCCUGGUACUCGCAGAGGAGCCUCAAUAUCCGGGCGAGGAACCUCCGCCGUACUCUCCGCCGUCUAAUGAACAACAGGUUCGAUACCGGGCCGUGUUUCCUCCCGGGCAUCCGUUGAACACAUUAUCGGCCCCUUCUCCUGGGCCCAUGUCGCCGGGUCUGGCUGGGACAAUGACCUCCCAAGGCGCUAUUACCAUGACAGAUGUUCCACUCACGCCCCCACCUCGAGAAGUAGGCGCUGGUGCUGGGCCACUGCCCAACCGACCACUCGGAUCUUUCGUUCCUGGAGAUCACUACUUUGAAGUCGCGGGGAGAGGUCCGCGUCAAAAGGCCGAGCGGCAACGUCGCCGCCACGAGAAGGAAGAUGCCGUGGCCAGGAAGGUCGGCGGCUUGUGGAAGGGUCGCGGUUGCAUACCCGCAAACGGCUGCUAUGGUCGCCCGGGGCGCGAGGGGAGGAAGCGGAGGAGGAUGUGCCUCGGCGUCGCUGCGGGCGUCAUCGCUUCGAUAAUUCUCAUCGUCGUCCUGGUCGUGACACUGGCUCAUCCACGGCGGUCAGACCCCGGCCCGAGCGAUCAGUGGCUAAAUCUUACUGCCUUCCCGCCGAUACCUACCGGCGUCCUUACGGUGGUAGGGCCCGACAACUCGCAGGCGGUUACGGCGUGUAUUCAGCCGUCAACACUCUGGAGUUGCUCCCUGCCCAAGGAGCAGGCUGAUGCAGCGGCUCCUUUCCGGCCGACCCAGCCAAAGUUCAUCUUCCAGAUCCAGUUCGACAAUAGCAGCAGCCAGAAAUGGAAUGUCCCCAACGAAGCGCCUCCACGCGCAGGUGGUGCGCACAAGGCCCGCGGCACAGCAGCUCGACGAGCCCGGGCGCUCCUCCGCAGGGCUUCGCAGCGAUCUGACUCCAAGUUCGCGCCGGACCCGGCCCCCCCCUCGUUCCGGGAGAUGUGGUUCCUGGGGAACACGACAGAUGGGAUCCAGUCCGACCAGAAAGCCGGGGAACCGACACCGUUCUACAUCAGCCUCCUGAGAUCGGUCAACGAGUCGGUAGGUCCGGAUGUACUCGAGCGGCGAUUUGUGUACAACGUGUCCAACUUCCCAGCUCCCGACCGGUACCUGAACGGCACGGGAGCCCCUGCCACGCUAUUCCCCCUCCCCACCCAGCAGCCCCUGCGCCUCUACGACCGGGGGCUGCCGACCGAGCACUACGGCUUCUACAGCUACUACGACAAGUCCAUCUACGUCAAGUCGAAAUCGGCGCUGGACCAGAGCACGGCAGGCCAGGGCGAGGUCCCCGCGGACCUCAACGGCGGGGCCCUCGAGACCGAGGCAAACUUCCAGGUGGUGUGGGGCCAGACGCGGUUCAAGGUCGAGAUCUGGACGAGGAUGAGCGGCAUCACGCGGCUGGUGGGCGGAGGGGCCGACAACCCGACGACGACGACGACGAGCCGCCCCGGCACGCUCCCCUACCCGGUGACGGUCACGCUGGACAAGCACGGCGGCGACGCCAGGCGCAAGGGCACCGUGUGGUACCCCGUCGACGACCGCCAGCGCAUCGACACCAGCCACCUCGGCGACGAGAACGUGAUCCUGUACAACCUGGGCUUCAACGGGCCGUGGAUCAACCCUCCCGACGCCUCCGCGGACCCGAGCCUUGGGGGGUUCGAUGGGGGGACGGGCGGGUGUAAGUGCGAGUAUACGAACUUUAUUGUGCAGAACGGGCAGUGA